AUGAAUAAACCUUAAUAACAUGAGAAGGGAUAAAAUUAAAAUGGCAAAGCAUGGUUGUAUGCCUUAGGAGGCUUAGCAAUUGGAGUUGUUGGAACAAUUUUUGGAAUGAAAGCCAUGAAUAAUGAAUAAUCUUAAACUAAUAGUUAAAGUAAAUCAAAUCCGGAGCCUUCAUAAAUCACUAGUGACGGUGAACAAUUCCUCGAGACUCUUUGUUGUCCAAUAACUGGAGAGUUAAUUGUUGAUGCAGCCUAACUUAGUACAUGUGGUCAUACUUUUGAAAAGUUUGUCUUAUUAGAAUGGUUAAAAAAAUCUAAGAAUUGCCCUUAAUGUCGAAAACCAGCUAGCGAAUAAGACAUUAUUAAGAAUUAUGCUUUACAAUAGGUCAUUGAUUAACAUAGAACAAAACAAUAAUGA